AUGGCCACCGUUCCGUGCAUCAUGCCCAACAACAGCCGCGACGGUUUCCGGGGCAUGCAGGCCAUUGUCGGGCAAAGCUGCCGUGUGACGUUCACGGACGAUGGCCAGUGGCUGGUGACUGGGGACCAGCAGUGGUUCAUCUUCUUACUGGAUUCGAUUUCGGGCGGUUUUCGUGGUGCUCAAGAAAUUGCCAGCUUCGAAAAUGGACGAUUCCAUGUGAAGCAAACCUUCCAGUCUUUGCCACUAGGCUCAAUGUUCCAGAUGUGGCCGCAGAUGGCGAUCCGACAAAUUUGCUGGACGACGAAAGAUGCCCUGCCGCCAAUGACCGACACAGGCUCCCCAGCCUUGCAAGAAAGCACCUCCCGACUGAAGCCGUUGCGGACGCCCAAACAAGUGGAGCUGCCGCCAAUGACCGACACAGGCUUCCCAGCCUUGCAUGAGAGCACCUCCCGACUGAAGCCGUUGCGGACGCCCAAACAA